AUGAGCGGCGGUGUGAUCAGCGCGAGCGGCAUCCCGAGCGCGGAUGCGGCAUCGCUCGCCGCAAUUCUGCGCGUAAUUCUGCAGUGUUCGGUGGAUACUGCGGGCGCACUUGGCGUGCAGUGCGCCGAGGCGAUUGCAGAAUUGCCAGAGGAUAGCCAGCCUGGUACCUAUGAUGGGCUUGUGGACGUCGCGCGGUUCUGUGUCGAGGAGGAACCGGGAUGGGACGCGCUCGAUAGUGCAGGACUUGUUGGGACAUAUCCCCAUGUAUACGUCGAUGGCAAAAGCGCGGGCAAGCGCCUCGCGCAGCGCUACGAGCAGUACGAGAAGCGCUUCCCUGGCCUGCGCUACGUGGCGCCGGGCGAGGGGCGGAGUGCCGCGCUAGUCGCCGACGAAAUCGACAGCGUGCUGAAGCGGACUGUGUCGAAAGAAACGUACGACGCCGAGUCGAGCGAGUGGAAGACUGAGCUCGAGCGCAACUUGGAUGCGCUGUGGGAUCUGUCGCUCGAUCGCGCCGUUGCGUUGGAAGAGGGCACGCUGGGUGCAGGUGCAAUGAACGAGGAGGAGGCGCCCGAGGACGAUGCGGCGGCUGCGCCGUCUGCCGAGCCGGCUGCGGCUGCAAGCACGGCCGAAGCGGCGCCCACGCCCGAAGCAGCUCGUUCGGGCGCAGCCCUGGGUACCCAGGCUACCCCCACGGAUGCAUCCCCAGCGACCCCCUCUGCGCCGGCCGCUGCGCCGGAAGGGCAGCCCAAGCCCAGUGCGGACCAUGCCGCCGCUACAAAAGAGGCAUCGUCAGGCGCCCCAUCGUCCGCCCCCCCGCCCCCAGCGGACGACGAGACGCAGCCUUUUCUCUCCCUUGCGUCGUUCCGUGCGCUGGCUGUCACGUCGCCCGUUUUGCAAAAGUUUUUUGAACACGACCUAGCGAGCUCGGUGCGACUCGAGCCCGUUCAGCGUUCCACGACGGGCGGGGCAUUUGCCUGGCAUGCCGCGCCAGUGCUACCCCGCGGCGGCGCCGCUCAGAACAAAGCGGGCGAUAGCAACACGGUCUCGUUGACCACUACCCUGAUCCACGGCAAUACCGCUCCCCUGGAUGCUGAUACGCCUGCGAGCUAUUCGCGCGACAUUACGACUGGUACACGUGGUAAGGUCGUUGGUUUCCUCGGCGGUCUACUAGGCGAGGAGGGCAAGACGCGCAUGGACGCGCUUGCAGACCAGGUUGCCUUGCGCCUUCAAACGCACUCGGUGAAAGGCCCGCUGCCGAGUUUUGCGGCCCCUGCGCCGUUGACACCUGAAAAACCCAAAGGUGGACUGUGGGGAACGUCGUUUAUGCGUGCCUCCUCCGCUUCACACGGCGCUACGCCCAAGGACGACGCGCGUCCGACCCUCGGGGGUCGCUUGGCUGGUGCAUUGCGGAGACAGCCGCCCAAAACCGAAACAACGACAAUUCCACACGGUGACGACCUAUCUCCGACGGGUCCCCCGGAAAGCAGCAUCCUUUCGCGCGAGGGCCCCGAAGCUGCCGUUGCGAGCUUGCGCGCCGCGAAUGAGGCAUUGACUCAGGAGCGUGAUACGAUGAUCAUGACGCCAUGA